AUGUAUACUUCUAAUGAAGAAGAAAGAAAACAGGAUGAAUAUAAUCAAGGAAUGAUUGCAAUGGAGAAUUUAAAGAUAUGUGAUAUGUAUACAGGAAGUACAAUAAGCUUAUACUUAUCAAAUGUACUACCAUCUGAAUACUGGAAAUACAAUUCAAAGAAGAUAGUCACUGCUACAACAGCAGGUGAAAAUAAGUUAUUAUUGCUAUCAAGUUUUUUGGGGCAUUUUCAAGGGAGUAAUUCUGGGGUUCAUAAGGGUGACUUGAGCAAAACACUCGUUAAAGCCAGUUUUGUUGGCAGGCGUAUAUCUGAGGGUGGAUCUUAUCAGCAGCGCAUUCUCACGGAAUAUCUGAAAGGCAUCCAGUCUAGAGCAGAGGAGAUUGGCCAGGUGAAAGCUGAACCUACUUUGCAAUCUUCAUGCAUAUUCAUUUUGUGUAUACAUCUCACCCUUGCAGCUUUAAGAUAA